UGCGACGAGGGACACGAUAAUGAACGAGAUUUGACAAAAACACAAAAUACGAUAUAUGGAUUUCACUGUAUACAGUCAUACACUAUUCUAGAUAGUCGCUUAUGUGUUUAUCGCAAAACAACAAUAAUGAAGUGCGUUGAGUAUUGUACUAUCAACAGCUCGUAUGAAAUCGUAGACACUACAAGAAGGAAUGCACUUCAGCGGAUGUUUCAUAUCAAUAUACUGAAACAAACAAUGCAGUUUCAUUGAAGCGUCCCUACAGACCCCAAACCCACCCUCUUGACCUGCCACUGUCCUACGGGUGAUGUCACGGACCACAUUAUGUACUUAUGUGGUUGAUGAAAAAUUAUAGGGUUCGACAAAUACGUAUUCUGGAAUGCUUUUAAUGUCAUGCAAAUAAACGUUACUAUGUGCAAGUAUCACAUGAAGUACACAAUUCACUGCGUAGUAGAUGCAGUUUGUGAAUGAUUUUCCGUGGUAUUUUCAGUUCAAGAUACACAUGGUUAGCUGUGGAGUAAUAUGUAACCGCAUUUAAACUUACACAGCUGACGCUCCCGGCCAUACACGUUACUAUCGGAACUUAUCUUAGGGAGCAGCGCUUCAGUCGUCUAGUAAGUAAUAGCGGCAGUUAGCCGUAAGAAAUGCUAAAUAUCAAUCAAUAUCUGAAGUGGUAACAAAUUAUUGAUGUCAUACGUGUGUCUAUGUCGCUGAAACUCUUGCUUCCCAACUCUAUAUUGAUUAGACGCUUUGCCUUACACUUGAUGAUCAAGGCCCCGAUAACUAGGCCCGGAAAAGGCAUAUCGAGUAUCGUUACAUACCGGAACAUUUACCGUGUAACUUGUAAGCUAUACUGAGUGUGCAAUUAUGUGUCGACACUUUAACUCAUACCUGUGGAUAUACUGGGUGACACAGAAAAGUGUUUUUUACGGAUAUUGAAACAUGAAAAUGUUUGGAAAAUGUUUUAAAAGUGUUUUUUACCCCAGCAUGGUUGGAAGAUAGGCAUGUCAAGAUGGUUGAUAAAAGGCUACGCUUUACACAGAUCGGAGGUGUCCCACUGUUGAUACUUAUUUUAUUAUAUCAGACAGCAUCCGUAUCGUGUGCCAAUCUUGCCAGCUUUCGGGCCCUGUUUGUCCGCAUGCCACAGAUGCACCUGUCAACACUUCCCGCCAAAACAAUACGGAACUCCUCUGUUGAAGCAUGUGCAGAACUGUGUGUAAGAGAGGUGGAGUUCGAAUGUAUGUCCUUUGACCUGGAUAAUACUGUUGGAAGUUGUCGACUACAGAACCAUACUCACGAAGAACUUUUUGUAACCCUUCAGGUGUCUACAUUCACCGAUCAUUAUAGAACAUCAUAUGAAAAAUUAUUCAAUCGAAUUCCAAAUCACGUAGUGACAUUUGAACAUAAACGGAAAAUUCCGGAUCUCACAGUAGAAGAAUGUGCACGACGAUGUGUUUUAGAAGUGAACUUCCGGUGUCAGGGAUUCGAUUACGAGGUUCGACAGAGAAAUUGUUGGUUGUCUGACCUCACACCUAAAGAUUCGGGGGGAGUGAUUGUCCUACCUGGGACCGACUUUUACGAAAGAAUAUCAAAUGGCCCUAUGGAAAAGUUUGUUAAUUUCGGGUAUGGAACUUUACAGCAGAUUGAAGGAAUACAAGUUUACAAUAAAAUUAUACUUGGCGUUACGUUAGACGCAUGCGCACAGUUGUGUUUGGCAGAAAUUUCCUUUCGGUGUUACAGUUUUGAUUUUAUAUUCAAUGACGAUUCGUGCCACAUGAGUCAGUAUAUAGCUGCCAACGUUCACGGGAUUAGCACGACAUUCUCUGAAGAUUUCAAGGCGAUGCAUUUUGAGCUCAAAGAGGAAUAUCUGGAAAUGUUCUAUCCCACUCCGUACUCCGCCGUACUGGGAAACAACGAGAAAACAUUCAAGCGGGUCACGCCCAACAACUGUGCUCGAAAAUGUCUACAGGAAAGCGAAUUUGUCUGUCGCUCUUUCGACUACCAGAUCCAGGACGGCACGUGCUUACUCGGCACAAAGACCGGAAGUGAUGUAGGCGGAUUGAUCGGUCAUGGAUUUGCACAAGUUCAUCACUUCGAAAUGAAACCGUUCUUGGAUUGUGGAGGAGUGUUUUACUCAUCCGAGGGCAACUUUGCCUCCCCAAACUGGCCUAGGAACUAUUACCACAACAUGGAGUGUUCCUGGCAAAUUACGGUCCCAAAGUUUAGAAUAAUUAAAUUAGAAUUUUCCCACUUUGACCUUGGCCGUCACGACAGCACUGUUUGUGAGGAAGCUGACGAUAAACUCGUGAUCAGCGAUAACGUGAAUGGUGACCUUCAUCGCAAGGUCAUGUGCAGCGAACCGAAACAAAGCUCCUACGUCAGUUUGUCGAACAGUUUAAACGUCACAUUUAUAUCUAAUGCAUUCCAGGACGCCAUAGGCUUCCGAGCCUUCUUCCAUACAGAUUGGCCCUGUGGAGGAACCUUCACUGAGGAUAACGGGAUGAUUUCCUCUCCAAACUGGCCAAACAAUUACGCCCCUUCCCUAACUUGUAAUUGGAAGAUAGUAGCUCCCAAAGGAGCAAAAAUAUACCUCAACUUUCUCUCUAUGGACUUGGAGAGACAUAUAAAUGGACCUUGCCGGUUGGCAUAUGACCUCAUAGAGGUUUUCGACGGAGAGUCUGACUCAUCUCCGACACUUGGUAUUUAUUGUGGGCGACGUAACAAAAAGACAGUUACUUCAUCAAAUAAUGUGUUGUUCAUCACAUUCCAUACGGACGAUAGGGUUCAGAGGAAGGGCUUUCACGCCGUAUACAGAUUCAUUCAUAUCCCUGUGCCCACCUCUUCCAUCCCAUCACACAUUGAACAAACUACCUCAUCUCCCUCUUCCCAAGAAACAAGUGCCUCAGUAGACUCUAGCCAGGAGACCACUGGUCAUUAUAAUGUGUCUUACAGCACAACCCCAUCCUCAUCUGCGUCAGAAAAUAAUAACUCAGUUAUCGCCCUUGGUUUAGCAGCCAUGUUUAUAGAGCCCAGACGGCGCCCCUUACCAACGGAGAAAUCGAUAGGAGAAGCGCUUGUAGUCACCACAGACGCGGGAGAAAAGUUUGACGAUUAUGAUGUCACACAUGAAAUCCCGGAAGUUGUGACGAUAGAACCGGAUCUACGUCACGUCAUCCUCAUCCUUGUCAUCAUCUUCUUCGUCCUUUUUAUGACACUUCUCGUCAUUUUAAUAGUUGUUUGCAGACAUUACAGAAAAAGAAUUCCAAAAAGAAGAAAUGUGACGAAUUUUCCGUUUACAGAGGAAAGCGUAUCGUUGUAUGAUAAAGACAAUAAUGCUAACGACCAGACGGAUAGGGGACAGGACGGGGACUCGGACAUCAAUUUACCACAGCCAAGCCCAUGUGAUCCCCCACCGGAUGUGACGUUUUGUAACCCCCUAUACGAACAGAGAACAUCACAGUCAGCUUCAAUCCAGGAAAACACAGAAAACACAGACAGCAACUCAAGCGUUUGUUGAUUGGAACAACUGUUACUGCUAUUUUAUGUUAUGGAACAAAUCUGGAACUCGAACAAAUGUUCUCAUAUUACCUUCCUAUGUCAACAAAACACUUAAACAAUGCAAAAAAAUAAUGAAAAAUCUGGACAACUGUUAAUUGACGUACAUGUGUACUUCACAAAAACAGUUCAGUAAACUAUAAUCUGUAUGUGGAAAUCCCACGAGACAAUUUUAAACGGUAAAAAGCUAUUGCCAUAUCAUAACUAUUUCUGUUUUAUAUUGAAAACGAAAUCCUAAUCAAAUAAGAUAAGUAUGUAUCUAUUGUUGGAUAUAUGUUAUAUAUUGUUUAAAACUGAGAUAUGUAAUUUUAAGGUAUACUCUACCAUUGCUGACAUGCAUACGUGUCGUUAGGUUAGUUCCAGUGAAGCGAGUUUUUAAGACCAUGCUUCCAAUGACAUACAUGUAACACAGUCCGCAAAGGUUAACGUCUAACACGAGCAGCUGAUAACAUAGACUCAUUUUCUUAUUUUAGACAUUUGCACCAAGCGUAAUCAACUCUUUGUAAAUGUGUACAUGACCAAUUUAUUUUUAUACAUUCAUCGUCAUAUGGACAUUAUUGUGUUAGCAAGUCCGUACUAAUCAUACGGACACGUAAUACAUGAACUUGACAUGCCGAAUAAGAGUGUUACUAUCCAAUCAGAUCAGAUCAACAAAUGUGUAUUUAAGGUAUUUUACGUGUGCAUGCUUACUCAUCGUGAAGUUAAGAUUGAAGCCAAAUCCGUGUUUUUAUCAAUUGUUUUUGCGUUGUUAUAAGAAAUAAUGUAAGCUAAGGACAUAAGGACUACAGGUAUCAUUUGAUACCUUAAAUUACCUUCCACACACAAUGGCAACAAUAAGCAUUUUUAAUUUAUUUUUACCGGUGAAAUAAUAUUGUUUAUGAUUAAAAUAGAGUUUGACUUUCAAUGUUUAUUGUGAAAGAUAAAAAACCAUCUCGAUUUUAUAGUGACGUCAUAAUUGAAAGCCUGACAAUUAUUACUUGACUCGUCGUUGAUCACAAAUUCGUUCAAUUCAAUAACUUAUUUCUUUUUGGUGAAUUCCAGGGAUGUUAAAACUGGUAAAAACGGCAUAUUUUUCAUAUCUUUCACUAUCAGUGUAUUCGAUACACCCAAUACAAAAUCAUAAACUUUCUCAAAAAACUGAAUAUUGACAACUAAUGCCAUUUGUUUUCAUUAA